GUUUUUUUUAGAACGACUCUGUCUGCAACAGAGUGACUCGGAGUGACCAACGCGUCCUAAAAGCGUUGCGUCAUGUUGAAGCAAACCCAACUUUAUUCCGACGCUAACCAACAGAUUCACGAAACCCUAUAAAUACUUAGAAAUCCCUAAUCCUCCUCUAAAUCCCUAACUUCUUCCCCUACACUCUCUCACACAAUUUUCUCGAGAAAUUUUCCAAUUUCCUUUCGAUUUCGCCCAGAAAUUUCGGUAACUUUCAGAUUCUGUUCAGAACGAAGAAACUUGUUAUUUUUGGCUACUUCUCUCCGAUUCUGUUCUUCUUGUAGUAGCUGAUCGCAUUCCAUGGGUACUUCUCAGAGUCGUGAAGAUCGAAUCAGCGAAUCGGAUACAGAAUCCGAUUCAGAUUACUAUGAAGAAGAAGACGAGGAUCAAUACGAUGACGCGAAGAAGCAAGGAUCAUCAUCUGUUUCUGGUACAAGACCGUCUGAUUCUUCUUCUUCUUCAGGACCAACUGAUUCAUCGUCUCUCGAUAUUGAGCAGAAGCUAAAAGCCUUGAAGUUGAAAUACCCAUCUUCUUCUUCCGUAACACCCAAGAUGAAGAACGCUGUGAAGCUUUACCGCCAUAUCGGGGGAAACACACCCAAAGCGAAAUGGAUCGUUUCGGAUAAGAUGACAUCAUACAAGUUUGUGAAAACUUCGUCAGUGGAUGGAGAAGAUAUUGAUGAUUAUGAUGAUUGUGAAGAAUCAGGUGAAGGAGGUGAGUCUUUUUGGUUUCUGGGUGUUGGUACUAAGGUUAAAGCUAGGGUUUCUACGGAUAUGCAGUUGAAAAUGUUUGGGGAUCAACGUAGGGUUGACUUUGUUAGUAAUGGUGUUUGGGCUUUGAAGUUCUUGACGGAUGAGGAUUAUAGGAAGUUUGUUACUAGGUUUCAGGACUAUCUGUUUGAGAAUGUGUAUAAGAUCAGGGCAAGUGAGGAGAAUAGAGUUAAAGUGUAUGGUAAAGAUUUCAUUGGGUGGGCUAAUCCUGAGGCUGCUGAUGAUUCUAUGUGGGAGGAUGCUGAAGCUCCACCUGAGGAAGAGGAAACUCAGGGGAAGAGGAAUACGGAUUUGACGGAAGAGUUUGAAGAGGUGGCUAAUGGUGGAGUGCAGAGUUUGACUUUGGGAGCGUUGGAUAAUUCGUUCUUGGUGAAUGAUUAUGGGGUUCAGGUUUAUAGGAAUAUGGAGCGUGGUAUUCAUGGGAAAGGUGUGUGCGUGAGAUUUGAUUCUGGAAACUCAAAGUUCGGAUCAGGGUCAAGCCAGACAACACCGAACAAGGCUCUUUUGAUGAGGGCAGAGACUAAUAUGAUGCUGAUGAGUCCAGCUAAACAAGGGAAACCUAACUCCACUGGUGUUAAGCAGCUCGAUAUAGAGUCAGGGAAGAUUGUUACUGAAUGGAAAUUUGAGAAAGACGGGACUGAAAUCACGAUGAGAGACAUAACAAAUGAUACCAAAGGGUCGCAGCUAGAUCCAUCAGAGUCAACGUUUUUGGGAUUGGAUGACAAUAGGCUGUGUCAAUGGGACAUGAGGGAUAGGAGAGGUAUAGUGCAGAACAUUGACUCUCCCAUCUUGGAAUGGACUCAAGGCCAUCAGUUCUCUAGAGGAACAAAUUUCCAGUGCUUUGCAACUACUGGAGAUGGGUCAAUCGUUGUGGGAUCACUUGACGGAAAGAUAAGACUUUACUCAAAGACCUCAAUGAGAAUGGCAAAAACGGCUUUUCCAGGGCUCGGUUCACCAAUUACACAUGUGGACGUUUCUUAUGAUGGGAAAUGGAUACUGGGCACCACAGAUACGUACUUGGUUCUUAUUUGCACCCUUUUCACAGACAAAAAUGGUCUGACAAAAACAGGCUUUAGCGGAAGAAUGGGAAACAAAAUACCAGCCCCUAGGCUGCUGAAGCUAACACCACUAGAUUCACACUUGGCAGGAAAAGAUAAUAAGUUUCAUGGCGGUCACUUCUCAUGGGUAACUGAGAGUGGAAAGCAAGAGAGACACAUAGUAGCAACAGUGGGGAAAUUCAGUGUGAUAUGGGACUUGGAGCGGGUGAAGAACAGUGCACACGAAUGCUAUAGGAACCAACAAGGACUCAAGAGCUGUUACUGCUACAAGAUCUUGUUGAAGGAUGAGUCAAUUGUUGAGAGCCGAUUCAUGCACGAUAACUUCUCCUUCUCCGGUAACAAAUCGCCAGAAGCACCGCUUGUGGUUGCCACGCCUUUGAAAGUCAGCUCCAUCAGCCUCUCUGGAAAACGACUUUAAAUAACCAGUUUGUAUCGUAAAGCUUUCUUUUGUUUUUGUAAUGAAAUUUGAUUGUAGUGUUUGGCUUUUUGUCAUCGUGUGAAGGUUUGUGAAUGAGUGACAUUUUGCUUUUUACUCAAAUAUGACUACUCAAAUUCUCUUCAUGACUUGAUUUUAUUCUUCAAAUAGACACAUUUUGUGAACAGCUAAUGUUAAAUCUUUAACCUGAAGUGAAAAAAACAAAAUAAUUGUCUGAUUUGAUGAUAUGAACCAAUACAACAUCCAAUAUCUGCUUAAUGCAGACAAGUCUAUGAUCUAUCAAAUAUGAUGAUAAAAAGUCUCUAUUCCUAGCUACAGAUACAACGUCUGUAUAUUGCCUCGGUCCUGUUGUCCUCUCGCAUAAGCUCAAAAAACCACUGAUACAAAUAGGUUGAGGAGCUUACGUUUGGGGACGAAGGAUCUCUUUAAGGAGCAACGAUCUGGAUUUGUUAACAUUAGUGAACCAACGACAUAUAUGAUCCACAAGAACCUCGAGUUGAUGGGUGUGGUUAACAUGGCUCUUUCGAAGCUGUUUCACAAACUCCGGAAUUGUAUACACGUCCCUCCCCCUCUCUAAUCC